AUGGCAGCCAGCCAGCACGUCAGCCUCCCGCGCGGCAAGGCCCCGACCCCCUGCCCCAGGGCGCCAGUCCGGGUCCUGUGCGUGGGCCAGCCGCAGUUGGUGCCCAUUGGUGUGCGGGGCAAGGCGGCGCGAAGGGACUCCGUGGCUUGCCAGGCUGUCGCCGUGCCAGCGGUCGAGAUGAACAUCGCCAAGGACAUCACGGAGCUGAUCGGGAAUACCCCUAUGGUCUACCUCAACAAAGUUACGGAGGGCUGUGUGGCAAGGGUGGCAGCCAAGAUGGAGACUAUGGAGCCCUGCUGCAGUGUGAAGGACAGGAUAGGCUUCAGCAUGAUUUCCAACGCUGAAAGCAAGGGAGAUAUUGUCCCUGGCAAAACGACCCUAAUUGAGCCUACAAGUGGCAACACUGGGAUUGCUUUGGCAUUUAUUGCUGCUGCAAAGGGCUACAAGUUGGUACUGACCAUGCCUGCAUCCAUGUCUCUUGAACGUCGCAUCUUGUUGCGAGCUUUUGGAGCGGAGCUCGUGCUUACCGAUCCUGCAAAGGGAAUGAAGGGUGCCAUCAUGAAGGCAGAGGAGAUCGCAAAGAACACCCCUGAUUCGUUCAUCCUGCAGCAGUUCGAGAAUGCUGCAAACCCGAAAAUCCACUAUGAGACGACUGGUCCUGAGAUCUGGAAGCAGACUGAAGGGAAAAUCGACGUCCUUGUUUCUGGGAUUGGCACCGGGGGAACCAUCACUGGAUCUGGACGAUUCCUCAAGGAACAGAACAAGGACAUACAUAUUGUUGCUGUGGAGCCAACCGAAUCGCCCAUCUUGUCUGGCGGUAAACCUGGACCCCACAAGAUUCAGGGCAUUGGAGCUGGAUUUGUGCCUGGGAUUCUCGACACGGACAUCUAUGACGAGGUUCUUCAGGUGUCUGGGGAGGAGUCGAUCGAGAUGGCGCGUCGCAUGGCCCUCGAGGAAGGCCUGCUCGUUGGCAUCUCCUCUGGCGCGGCGGUCGUUGCAGCCAUCCGCCUAGCAAAGAGGGAGGAGUUUGCUGGCAAGCUCAUCGUCCCCGUCCUGCCCAGCUUCGGCGAGCGCUAUCUGUCGUCUCCACUGUUCCAGGAGCUCCGUGCAGAUGCAGAGAAGAUGACGUUCGCGAGCUGA